AUGGCCGCCCGACUUAUGCCACUUCUACGCUCCACAAAGUUGCGGGCUCACCUCUGUGUCGCACGCCCUCAGAUUCGCUCGCUCACAUCCGGUCGUCCGUCACGAAGCGAUGUCCUCCAGGUCCAUCGCGAUUCGCCUCACAACAAUGCUAGCAUUCCUUUCAAAUUCACAGCGCAGAAUAACGUCAUUAUAUCCCAAAUCCUUAAACGCUACCCGCCCCAGUACAAGAAGGCGGCGGUAAUGCCUAUUCUCGACCUCGGCCAGCGGCAACUCGGCUUCACCAGUUUGAGCGUAAUGAAUGAGGUCGCACGGAUACUGGAGAUGCCGCCAAUGCGCGUCUAUGAGGUGGCAACGUUUUAUACCAUGUACAAUCGGGAGCCCGUCGGCAAGUUUCAUCUACAAAUUUGCACAACAACUCCAUGUCAGCUCGGUGGUUGCGGAAGUGACGCCAUUGUCCAGGCAAUCAAUGAUCACCUCGGUAUUACACCUGGUCAUACUACUGGAGACGGUCUUUUUACCUACGUUGAAGUAGAAUGUUUAGGGGCGUGCGUGAACGCUCCUAUGGUCCAGAUAAAUGAUGAAUAUUACGAAGAUUUGACGCCCGAGAGUAUAGUAUCACUAUUGAAAGCUUUACAGGCCAGUGUGAUAGACGUAGAGAGCUCUAAAACUGAAUCCAUAGGUAAAGACGAAAAGGCAAGGGUUGAUGAAAAAACCAAAGCUUCCAACAAAAAUAAAGCAGAGCAAAAUGUGGCAGAUCAAGCUGGAAUAAAAGUAGGAAAAAUGCCUGCACCAGGUCCAAUGAGUGGUCGAAAGACUUGCGAAAAUUUGGCCGGAUUAACAAACCUGACUAGUCCCCCAUGGGGAGUUGAAGCUUUCAGGAAGGAUCUGUAG